CUAUCAAAGAAAUGCCAAAUAUUGUGGAUUUUUUCCAGCUUUUAAUGUUGGUUUACUGAAGGGAACCAGUUUAUAUUCUAAACUGAGAUGUGUUUGUUAUUGUUAACUAUUUUUAUAUAAGGUCUUACGAACUUCCAGUUGAAUUUAAUGAACCUUGAUUAGACUUAAAAUAUUUCAAUUCCGGAUUUGUAAGUCUACAGUCUACGUAACUAGAUCUGUUAGUUUGUGCUAGGCUGAUCUUUGUGUAUAAGGGUAGCGUGUUUGACAUCCAAUAACUCUGAAAAGCGACCGUGAUUUUGGUGUGAAGGUUUUCCACUGAGAUCUUGCAUCACUGAAGUGGGAAGCAGUUGGUUGAGAAUGCCGUGCUUUAAAGGCUGUUUCGGUAAGAUCUCAGAGGGUAACCAGAUGAAGAAUAGAAGAAACAGUAUGUACGGCGUCGCCAACGAGAUGGAGGUCAAAGCUGGGAAGACGAAAAAUGCCAUGAACAUAAAACUACAGAUGGAGAUGACAGAGGAGUUGUCUGCCUCCACCUACGGGCUCACGCCCCAGGGGGUGUCCACCAAUCGUCUGGAGGCUCAGGACUUCUUCACGUUCAAGGAAAUCGUGGGGAGCGGCGCCACGGGCGUGGUGUUCCGCGCCGUCUUCAAGCCGACCAGCGAGGUGUUCGCUGUCAAGUUCAUCCCCAACUUCCGUCAGACCAAACAGAUGGUCGUGCGGGAACUCAGUGUACUCAAGCUGUGCGGCAACUGCAGGUUCCUGAUAAAUUUUCAUUCUCACUUCCGGGUUGAUAUCAACAUGUAUUUUGUUAUGGAACUCUGUGAGGGAGGAUCUCUGGAAGAGCUGUUGGAACCAAAACACGUCAUACCACCAAAACUGGGAAAGGUGUAUAUCAAAGAGCUGUCAGGAGCUUUGUUUUAUCUCCACUCACUGAAGAUCGUGCACAGGGACGUUUACUUGCCAAACUGUGUACUCACCAACAAAGCCCACCUGAAGCUCUGUGACUUUGGGCUGUGCAGGACCAUAGAGGACCCCCAGGGUGAGCUGCUGACGGACUGCGGCAAGCCGUGCACACGGGCCCCGGAGAUCUACCUCGACAGGCCCUGCAGCUUCAGCAUUGAUUGGUGGAGCGUGGGGAUUGUGCUGUACCGCUUCACGACUGGCUACCGGCCAUUUCAGACGGACAAGUUGACGCAAGGGUACCAGUCGGUGACCAAGCUGAAAGAGAAAUACCCAGAGUGGCUGUUUGACGACCCAGACACCAAAGAUUUCUGCCAGAAGCUGCUGAUCAAAGACCCCAAGAGGCGGCUGGGGUCAGAUAAUGAGGUUUCGGACAUUAAGAACCACCCGUACUUUUUCGGUGUGGACUGGGAGGAGGACGAGGACAUCUUCCAUGUCAUCGAGCUGGACAUGCAGGGCCACGACAUCGAGCGCUACGCCACGGUGGCCAACAAGAUCUUACAGAUCGUGGGCCACAAUGAGGUUCAUUUGUCCCAUUCUGGAAGGUUCAGGAUGAGUCUAACUAACCAGGAAAAAACUAAAAGCGACCAGACGAUUUUAUUUAAAAUUAACAACCUUGUGCCGUACGGAUUCUGAUCAGUUUUUUUAUCGGAGUUUUUAGGUUUGUUUCGAAAUAACCAUUUGUCAGUUUUGUCGUUUUAGAUUGUUUAUUACAGGACCGACAACUUUUGUGUUGAUUCGGCGUUUUGUUUCUCGUUCAAGAUACGAUAGAAUACAUUUACACGCGCUAAACCAUUGCUUCAUGAUGAAACAAAAGAUAACUUUAAAGUAUAUUUAGCAUCCCAUACGUACCUUAAAGCUAGUGGUUGUGGUAGUAUUGUAUCAGUCCAGAUAAAUCUACAUUUGACACUGAUUAUACAUUAAUUAAGAUCCAUAUCUGGCUUUUUGAGAUUGUUAAUAUUUUUUAUC